AUGCCUCUCCACUUGUUAGGCAAAAAAUCAUGGAACGUCUACAACCCAGACAAUGUCGCCCGUGUCCAGCGCGACGAGGCACAGGCGAAAGCCCGCGAAGAGGAGGAUGAACGCCUCAUGCAAGAGGUCGAUGCCGAGCGCAGGAUCAAAAUACUACGAGGCGAACGCCCUCCUACACCUCCGCCACCACCAUCCCGUCCGUCAUCCGAUCCAGCGACCCGAGCAGGCAGGAAAGCCGGUGACGAUGCCGGGCCCUUCCGCAAGAGGAGGCGCGUAGCCGGGGAGGACGAUACGGACCGAGACAUCCGAUAUGCCCGAGAGGAUGCGGCGCAUGCUAUUGCCAAGCGGGACGAGCUUGUACUUGCUUCUCGAAAGUCGGACAAGACCACACAAGCACCGAUUUUAGAUGCCGCGGGCCAUAUCAAUCUGUUCCCAACUGCAAGUGCCAAAUCAGAGAAGAAUCCAGAGGCUGAGGCCGAAAAUGCACGGAAGAAACGAGGCUAUGAAGAUCAGUAUACCAUGCGCUUCUCCAACGCAGCAGGUUUCAAAGAGACCAUUGGUCAAAAGCCGUGGUAUUCAUCAGCUGGUCAGGAUGCAACAGCCCCUGGAGCUAUGUCCGAGAAAAAUGUAUGGGGCAAUGAGGAUCCGAGGCGCAAGGAGAGGGAGCGAGCUCGUAUGGAUGUGAAUGAUCCACUUGCUGCCAUGAAGCGUGGUGUUAAGCAACUGAAAGCUACAGAGCAGGAACGCAAACGAUGGAAUGACAACAAACGGAAGGAGAUUGAGUCGCUCAAGGUCGAUGAGACACACCAGUCUAGACAUCGGCGGAAACGAUCAACAUCAGUGGACAGCCUUGAAGGAUUCAAACUUGAUGCGCUUCAAAAGACGUCCGAGAAAGAAGAAAGAAGCUUUCAUCGGCCUCAGCGCCGUCAUCGAGAUUCAAGUCGAAGUCGAGGUCGAGAUCAGAGUCGAGACCGCUCACCCCUUCGCUCUCAUCGCCGUUCUUCGCAUCGCAGCCAUCGUGAUAGACAUGACGAUGUCCGCGAGGCUUCCAGGCAUUCGAGGAAGUCUGUAUCAAGAAACCAUUCCUAG